CAUGACAAAACCACAGAUAUGGCGUCACUGACACUGACACAUUUUGUUGAUAAAUAAACCAAAAAAAAGAAACUCGAAAACUAAAUACAUAAUUUAUUCAUUUACAUUUUACACUAACUUUACAAGUUACGGUGCCUGUACUGGAACUUGAAAGAUCUCAAAUUAUUAAAUCAAUAGGUAUCACAAAUCACAAUGUCUUGGGUAAAAGAAAAUUGUUUAUCGUUCUUCCAACUUUUUUGUAUUAAAGUUGUAAAAACUGGUAGAAUACCGCAACAUUUAGCCUUGAUUAUGGACGGAAAUCGUCGCUACGCCAAAAAACUCAGCGUAGGUAGUACAGAAGGACAUAAUAAAGGGUUUGAUAAACUCUCCGAAGUUUUGAAGUGGUGCCUAGACCUUGGUAUUCCUGAAGUAACAGUAUACGCAUUCAGCAUUGAAAACUUUAAACGGAGCCAAGAUGAGGUAGACGCCCUCAUGGAGUUAGCAAGUGACAAAUUUAAACGGCUUUUAGAAGAAAUGCUAUCUGCAAUCAGUCAUUUGCCGACUAUAAUCAAAUUGUAUGAAUGCGUUGCGGGUUUGGAGAAGGUCACUCCAUCAAGAGACUCUUCUCAUAGGGUUAUCCCUGGCUUUAUUGUCCACAAGACAGUUCUUCUAUUGUGGCUCGUUUUAGCCUAUUUACUCUGCUGCAUGUGUGAUCAAAUAAACGAGUGGGGAGUUCGGAUGCAUGUGGCCGGGCGCUUGUCCCUUCUACCCGCAGAGCUUCAAGCGCUUGUGUCCAAAGCAAUGCUGGCCACAAGGCAAAACAACAAACUGCGUCUUAAUAUAGCCUAUAGUUAUACUGGUCGUGACGAAAUAAGUAGAGCAGCAUCAUAUAUUAUAGACAGCGUUAAAAAUAAAGAGCUGACAGCAGAUGACAUUGACGAAGACCUAAUCUCACAGACUCUGGACCUCGGGGAACCAGAGCUGUUGGUGAGAACAUCUGGCGAAGUUAGACUUUCAGAUUUCAUGUUGUGGCAGGUGAACAGAACAGUACUGUAUUUCACGGAUGUUUUGUGGCCCGAGUUCACAAUAUGGAAUCUGUUGGCCGCCAUCAUUCACUUCCAAAGGCACGCCCCGCCAGCGUUGCAAGAAAAAGAAAACACACCCAUACAACAAGAAUUCUUAGAAAAAUUGGAAACAAGAAAGUGGCAAACAUUAGAGAAAAUUGUAGGUUGUUGAUAAAUAAAAUACAAUAAUAGUGCUAAUUGAGUUGUACACAAUCCAACUUGACGGGUCUUAAAGUAAUUAGCACCAUUUGUAGACUUUUUUUUUAAUUUAUCGACUAGCAAUUGGCUGCAGUCAUACAUCGUGGCAAGUGAUGACAGCCCAAGAUAGAACCGCGCCCUUUUUUUGUGUGCAAAAGGCUCUGCACGUGGUCCAAAUACCUCAAAAUAAUAUUAGUCGAUUUUAUUCCUACUAGAACUAAAACAUGGAUGUAAAAUAAUAUACAGUACUGGAUUAUAGAUAAAAUGUUAAUGAAAAAUCAUUGUUAUUGUAAA